CAGUUGUUAUUUUACCGCAUAUAUGCCGGUUUAUUGACACAUAUGAAUCAAAAAAAAUAUUCCGUAUUUCAGUAACACAGUGUUGUCAUUUUCUCAUAAAUUACGAUAAAAAUUACGCGAAACAAAAAAAAACGUCCGACAUUUUCGACAAUAAAACAGCUCGUAUUUUUCAUGUCAUACACAAUAAAAGAAUUGUUGUUGUUUCAUGUAAAUAAAACAUUGAGUGCGUGCGUUUCGCUGUUGUUAUACACGGUAGAAAGUGAGACACCGAGAGAGAGAGAGAGAGAGAGAGAGAGAGAGAGUGAGAGACACCCGUCCAGAAAUAAAACGUUCAGUCAUCAAUCGAUUUUAAAUGUGAGCGGUGUCCAAGAAACGACCACACACACACACACCAACAUCAUCCAACCAAAGAUACAACAAUCGAUCAAUAGUUCAAUUCAUGGGAAAGUGUGCAUCAAAACAGCAAUUGCAUCAUCGGGAGUUUUUGCAACCGAAAUAUAAUUGGAGCGAUAAGAGCAAUGGACGAACGACGGUCAAUGGAAAAAAAACUAGAUCAUCGAUAUCCGAACAAAGCAUUUUUCUGUUGAUUGAAAAUGAGGGUCAAACAGAAAGUAAAAAACGUUCCAGGUCCGUUGAGACAAAGGGAACGGCAAUGUCAUUUGGCUUCAAAAAGAAAUUGCCACCACAAAAACGAAAUACACUAACCGAUAAUGGUCGAGUUAAGGACAAUGGAUUAAAUUCGAUAAAUGGAAAUCAUUUAAAAACAGAUAAUGCAUGUUGUAUCAAUGGUGAUGAUAAUGGAAAUUCAGUGGAAUCAAUAGAGACAUUGAGUGACAGUACAACGGUUGGUCGAUCCACGCCUCGACUAACGCCACCAAAGAAGGAAUCAGCAGGUGCUCCAUAUCGAAGUACACGCUUUGGAUUUCGCAUAAAUAGACCAUCAUCGACUGGCAUAUCGGCAUCAUCAAAAAAUUGCGAAAAUGUCAUUAACAACAAUCAUUCAGAGGCUAAACUAAACGUGAAACCGCGUUCAAAAAGUGCAUGUGGUUCUCGACGUUCGAUUGCAUCGUCGACAACAAGUAAUGAAUCGCAUCAAAGACAUCCAACUGUACAUUUUCAAUUGCCGUCGCCAACUUCAUCUCCACAAAAACAAUUUGAUGUGCAGCAGCUCAAGAAGAACUCGGAUCCAAAAAUAGAUAACGAAUCGACAACUGUCAAUAAUUAUGCAAAUAGUCGACAAACCACACAAAUGCAACGGAAAAUGUUUUUCAUGCAAUCAAAUCCCAUUCAAAAUACAUUCAAUCAGAAUAAGCCACCAAGCGGAAAACGUUCAUACACGAUCAUCAACACAGAGCUGCACACAAACGAAAUACAUCGUCCGACGCCACAAGCGGCAACGACAAUCGUCUCGAAAUUUACAUUGCACACAACUAGUUUACCGAAGCCACAGUACCCAGUGCCAGUUAGUUUAGCUCCACGUCAUUCAAUGGAUGUGAAAAAUGCAAAACAAGCGGCCAAUACAACGACGAAAAAAAGCGGUGGCGGCUUUCAAGCGCAACGUGAAAUUUCGGCCGAUUCGGGUAUUGGCAGCAUCAGCAGUCAUGGCAGUGGAAUUGAUUUGAAAAAAUCACCACAGCGACAACGACGACCAAGAAAUUUGGAAAUGGUGUUCAGCGGACGAAAUAAAUUCCACGUACGUGAUUUAACCGAAGAUUCAUUUUCCGAUGACAAUGUACAACCAUUGGCAUUGCCACAAUUACCAACCGCAUUCAGUGCAAGAGCUCAACCCGCUAAUAUAAGUGGUUUAAUCAGAGCAACCAAUAAUUAUGGUAAUAAGGCAAAAAUCUCUGUACACUCACUCGACGGCUAUAAUAAUCGACUUGAUCCGGGCAAUCGACAAACGGCGCAUAGUUCAGAUGGUAAAGAAACAAUUGAAGAGGAAAAACUUGAAAUCGACAACAAGGCGACGGAAAAACUAACAAACCAUACCAUUUUGACUCCUGCAUAUGGUUAUCUAAGCAAAAGCCCAUCGGUAACAUCCAAUUCAAUAACGGGAAUGUGUAUUGGUGAAGAAUUGGCAAGCAAAGAUGGCAUUAGCCUAAGUAGUACGGAUACAAGCAGACAAAAUAAUAACCAAAAUGAGUAUGAUGAUGAUAUCAGUACAAUAACAUUAUCUACAGAUAAUAAAAUCACGUCGAUCUCUUCAACGACAAUGCCACAAUCGCAAUUUGAUCCAUUGUACGACGAAUUGUCAUCACCAAUGAAUGGAAACGACGUUAUGGUAACCGAUCAAAAGUUUGCAGCAAUAACCGCUGCAAUGAAUGACAUUUUAAUCGACGAUGAAACAUCGCCAUCGGACAGUUUAAUCAGUAGCACCGCAUCGGACGAUUUAAGUGCAGCAAAAAAACCAAAAAAUAAUAAGAAAAAAAUGAUUGAGUCGAUAAGAGAUGGUGAUGAAAAGGACAUAAAUGAAGUGUCACCGAUAUUUGAGAUGGCCAGUCCUAUAUCGCACGGAACGCCAACACAUGCAACCAAUUCAUUUUCAUUUUCGGACUGUGAUGGUGGCCGAGAUUUUUUGAUUGAUGACGAAAUUGCCGAUCAACCUGUACUAUGUUUUGGUGAUAAUCAGGCAUCAAAUACUCAAUUGCAUUCGUUAGUUGAUACGCCUACGUUGAAAGAAAAUUCAUCGGCAAAAUCAUCAAUCAAACGUAUGCCAUCGACAACAUCAAAUAAUAACAGUGCCACAAAUUCGUAUGCACCACAAGCAAGACCGCGACAAUCGUUAAUUUCAAGAGCCGAAUCGCUUGACACAUUAUCACCAUGCGAAUCAAUUUGUUCGGAUGAUUUAAUGAUGGACUUUGAAUGCAACAGCAGCAUCGAUUCAAUUGAUCGUGCAUCCCGAUCGAAUCGAAGUGGCAUUGGUGAUGUUAACAGUAUAAAUGGCAGUACAACAAAAGUCAAUAAACUUGAUGAAGCACAACUAUGGACUGAAUUCGAACAAAAUGGUGGUGGACAUUUCAAGGAUUGGAGCUACCUAUUGAAAACUUCAAGGAAUAAAUUUCAAGACAUUUCUGUCUCGCAACUUCCAGCACGAUCAACGCGACUAUUGAAUCGAUCUCGUUUACAACAUAAUGCCAGUUUGAAUGGUUUAGAGAGUCCGCGUUCGAUCGAAAAUUUACAUUCAAUCAAUAAAACGGUAACAACACAACAAUUUGGACGGGACUCGGCCAAUGGUUCCCCGGAUGAGCAACUCUUUAUGCUGGAUAAAACCCUGCGAAAUUCUAUGAUACAAGAUGUGCAAUACUGUAAACAGCAAUUGCUACAAUUGCGUAGCAUUUUGCAGGAAAACGAGGAAUAUUUGAUGACGAGGACGGCUUCUCUCAACCCAUUUGAAAGCAAUAAUGGGAAAUUCUUCGAUGCAUCUGGUGAAGGCAUUCUGAACAGUGUAGAACGUGAUAAUUACUCACCAUCGUUGUCCGACGAUCCGAAGCAUGAUUUGGUCGAUCUACGUAGACAGGUGGUUUAUCUUCAGAGUCAGCUCGACGAUAAGGAUCGAACAAUUCGAAUUCAGCAAAAUUUGAUAAACAAACUCGAAGCCGAAAUGGAUAAUGGCAAAGAUCGUGUACAAACCGAACAAGUGAUUGAUACUGUCAAUACGGCAACACAAACCGAUCGGGUGCGACCACUCUCAAUGAAUUUUGAUGGAUCGAAUAGUAAUCGAAGUGAGGAUGAUUACAUGACAUCGCCACGAACAUCGGCAACAUCAAGCAUUUCAUCAUUAUCAUCAUCUUUAUCUUCGACUUCCAAGUCAUUGAUCUCUUAGAAAAUAUAUGUAUUAUUUUAACAAAGUCUAGAGAUCUCGCCAUAGAGACCAUAAGUGUUUUAGAAAAAAAAAAAACCAAACAAAAUGUAAAUAUUUGUUCAAUGGUGUUUAAUAAUCGCAAUUUUGUUUUUUUACAUUAAAUUUCAUUGCUUUUUGACGAGAAAAAAAUUGUAAAAAAAUGUAUAAUCUCUUGAAUGAAGAGGGAAAAAGUUAGCCUAUUGACAGGUAGUAUUAUGAUAUAAUGUUAAUUAACUUGUCAAUGGCUAAAUUUACUAGAAUGAUUUUUGAAACUUCUUCAUAUAAAUUGUAGCAGAAUCCUUAUUUGAAAUAUAAUCAAAUGUUAUAUUGAUUGAAAAAAAUGGAUGAAUGAAUAUAAUCAAUGAAUUGAAUGAAUCAUACACAAAAA